AUGUCGUUUCAUCAUUCUCAUUCCUGUGAGUGUUGGAAGCCAGAGGUAGAUCCUUUUUCACUGCCUUCAACACAGACCUCUAUAGAAAGCUCGCAAUGGAUUCAUUAUAAACCUGUUUCUUCACUCACCGAUGACGCCCCUAUAGAGUUUGUUGUUCCUGGCUACUGUGAUGAAUACCUUGACCUAGCAUAUACUAUGCUCAGUCUUCGAGUAAAGUCAGUAACUCCUGAAAGAGUAGCUACCAAUACAGUCCAUCUAGAUAAUGUAGGACCAGUAAACAAUUUCAUGCAUUCGCUGUUCAAUCAGGUGGACGUAUAUGUUAAUCAAAAUGUAGUAUCAUCUCCUAGUAACUCUUAUGCAUAUCGAUCAUACGUCGACAUUUAA